AUGAAGGUCCCACAAGCAAUUGGACUCUCUGUGGCUAUCACAGUGGUGGUUUUUGCUUUGGUCGUCUUGACAGGGAUCUUUGUCAUAGCUAAAUGCUGCAUCAUCCGUCUCAGAUCAGAUCAAUCUGCAUACCGUUUAAAAGACCUUGAAUUGGCAUUCUCCAAAGAUGAAAAGCUACCAAAAACCACAGGUGAUGAAGAUUCUUGUCCAACAGAACUCGAAUCUAAAAGCAACGAGUUGCUGAGUCCAAGGGCAUUUCCUUCAGAAGUCGAAAGCUUCGAUAACCAAACUAAUGGGCUUGGUGACGAUGAAUCACGUUAUGAAAGGAUGAAUCUUACUGGACGCCGGGUCGAUAGACUUUCUGCCAUAAAGCUUGUCGAUUACUCCGGAUGCAGCAUUUCCACGCUGCAUCGAGUAGAGAAGAAAGCCAGAAGCAUCUUGGCGCAUUACUACUCCUUAUUCGACCGGUCCCUUAUUGUACAAAGCAUGGCCCAAGAUGUCUUGAAUGGGCCCAAAGCUGUCAAGGAAAUCAAAGACCAACACUCUUCGGAGAAUAUCCGUGUUGGAGGCAUUGUUGUGGUGAAGAAACCCUUUACCGGAACAAAAAGGAACCUCGAGAUUGAAACUUUAGAACCUGGUGAAAUGUUGAGAAUUGUCAAAUUCUUCAUCAAAAAUCAAGUCUUGGACAACUUUGACGAUGAUGGGUCAAGCAUAGAUCAAAAUCCUCAUGAAGAAGACAGUGACACAUCUUAUAGAGCUGCUUUGGAUAAACAAAUCAAGACGGAGAAAGACUUGAAAGAGGCUGGUCUUAUCUCGCCCUGUCCUACAAUGGAGCCCGAAGUUUUGGAAGGUAGUGAUCCAAACUUUAGCCAUAUUUGGUGUUCAGGCGUCCUCUUGCGGACUUAUUUGCAUCACGAUACCUUGACUGGAGAUGUUUCCCUCAAACAUAGAGCCGAAGUUUCGGUAAGAUAUGAGGUGGUGAGAGAUUUCCCACUUUGGUGCGUCUCACUGAAGAGCAUUAUCCCUAAGCACGAGUCAAGCGUAGGGAAGGAUACCUUUGAGGACGCUUAUAAUGUGCAACCGCCUUCUUCACUCCACUUGUUCGACCAGAAGAUGGCAUCUAGCGAGGAUACAGUGGCGGAUCUGUAA